AGGUGGCGUCGCCUCUCUGAAUAAGGACUACAGCUGCUUGAAACAAGGAACGAAAGGAGGUGGAGACGGAAAGGCCGAAACCAAAAAAAAAAAAAAAAAAACCCACACACGUUCGUAGUCAGCACGGUUGCGUACAGCAGGAGGUUCAUUAAUGGAUGCAUAUUGAAUUGAACACGCAGGCGAGGAGUGUAGGUUUCAGCGCGGCUCCGCUUCCCGUCGACAGCGGGUCAUGCUGCCCUCGCAAAGGUAAUGAGCCGCAAAGCCGUCGGGUCUCGGCUGAGCAGCGCCCACAAACUGCAGCGAACCUGGAACGACUGGCAACCCAGAGGCGACAGUGUGUCAGCCAGCCAGGAGCGCCUGAAGUGCAGCGCCUCCGGAGACCACGCACCAGGAACGCUCGUCGACGCGGCGCCAGCUGACUCGCCCGGCACCGCGCCACUGCACAAUGAGGUUUUCGCAGCCAGCGACGCUCUCGACGAAGGGGGUGGAUAUGAAGUUGAUGGAGGUGCCUGUGAAAACACUUUUGGUUGGAAGUCGCUGGGGCAAGAGUUGAGGCUCAACGAUGUGACGAGUGAUCUGACAAGUUUUCAGCAUGGAAACCGUGCUUCAGCUUCAAAGGACAUGAGGAAAUCACAGGACCGACCGCUGCCACACUCUGAGGAGACCAGGCUGGCCAACCUUCUGAGGAGGGUCUCCCGGGAAGAUGACAGGGACCGGCGACUAGCCACCAUGAAGCAGAUGAAAGAGUUCAUCGUGCACUCAGAAAACAAAGUGGUUCUUGUGAAGCAGUUGGAUACUAUUCUGGCUACCUUGAAUGAUGUUUUAAACGAAAGCAGCAAACUUCUUCAGGAGCUCCGGCAGGAGGGAGCUUGUUGCCUUGGACUCCUUUGUGCCACACUCAGCUAUGAGGCUGAGAGGAUCUUCAACUGGAUGUUUGUUAAGUUCAGCUCGUCCACCAAGGACGAAGUCAAACUGCUGUACCUUGUGGCCGUGUAUAAGGCGCUGGAGACGGCUGGCGAGAAGAAGGCCUUCUCACCUGUGAUGCAGUUUGUGAUGAGCAGCCUGCAGUCCAUCCUGGAGAACCUGGACACACCGGAGCUCCUGUGCCAGAGCGUGAAGUGUAUUCUCCUGGUGGCACGAUGUUACCCACACAUCUUCAGCGCCAGCUUCAGAGAUACAGUGGACAUUCUGGUGGGCUGGCACAUUGACCACACGCAGAAGCCGUCGCUCACGCUGCAGGUGUCCGGUUGGCUGCAGAGCCUGGAGCAGUUCUGGGUGGCAGAUCUGGCCUUUUCCACCACCCUGCUAGGGCAGUUUCUGGAGGAUAUGGAGGCGUACGCAGAGGACCUGGGCCAUGUGGCAACAGGGGAGUCGGCUGAUGAGGAUGUCCCCCCGCCCUCGGUGUCCCUGCCCAAGCUGGCUGCUUUGUUGCGUGUUUUCAGCACUGUGGUGCGCAGCAUAGGAGAGAGGUUCCACCCCAUCAGGGGGCCACCCAUCACUGAGACCUAUGUCACUGAUGUCCUGACCCGUGUGUUGGCCUGCGUCACGGCGGCACGGCAGGUUUUGUUCUCUGAGCCAGUUCUGACGGCUGCUAACGAGUGUGUGUGCGUCCUGCUGCUAAGCGUUGACUCCAACAGCCGCCUGACAGAUGCCAUUAUUGCCUAUGGCCUAGACCAGCUGAAUAGCUGCCGGCUCUGUGGUCCAGAGUACUGCGUCGGGGUGCUGCACCUUCUCACGGUGAUCAUUGACCAGAUCAACAACAAGCUGCCAGUGCUGUUUGUGGAACAGCUGUUGGCGCCCAGUUCCCAACUCCUUGAGCUGCGCUUCCACAGGGAGAAAGAGGUGGUGGUAGCAGCACAGGGUGUGUACCAGGCUGUUCUCAGCCUGAAGAACAUCCCCACCCUGGAGGCAGCCUAUAAGCUGGUGCUGGGGGAGAUGGGCUGCGCCCUGGAUAGCCUGCUUGGACCACUAGGCCAUCCGGCUGCUUGUCCCGACAUCAGACACGUUGUCUUUGCUCAGGUCCAGCUAACCCCACAGCGGGCUGAGUUUGUCCUCAUCUUUAACCUGAGUGCGCUCACCACCAUCGGAAACACCAAGAAUUCUCUGAUCGGGAUGUGGGCGCUGUCCCCCACCGUAUUUGCUCUGCUCAGCCAGAACCUAGUGGCUGUGCACUCCGAGCUGGCCGUGCACCGGCCUGCUGUCCAGUAUGCUCUGCUCUACACGCUCUACUCUCACUGCACCAGACAUGACCACUUCAUCUCCAGCAGCCUGAGCAGCUCCUCCCCCUCCCUGUUUGACGGCGCAGUCAUCAGCACGGUCACCACGGCAACGAAGAAGCAUUUCAGCACUCUCCUCAGUCUGCUGGGGACCCUGCUGAGCAAGGAACACCUGAACCCAGAGGCGAGGAAGCUUCUGCUGACCUGGGCACUGGAGGUCUCCAUCUUGAUGAAGAAGUCUGAUACCUACUCACCCCUGUUCUCCCUGCCCUCAUUCCAAAAGUUCUGUAAAGGGCUGCUCGCCAAUGCCCUGAAUGAAGACCCUGCUGUUUGCCUUCAGACCUGCAGCAGCUUGCAGGUGCUGUCGUCCUCACUGUCCGCAGAGCUUCAACAAAGGUGUGUGGAUGUGUGUCGCGUCCAGCUCGUCCACUGCAUGGUCCGAGUGCGCCAGGCCUUCGGGAAACUGCUCAAGACAAUUCCCCUGGAUGAGGCUCUGAGCAACCACAGACACGUGGAAGUCCAGGAGAUAUCGUUGGCUAUCCGCCGCCACAUGAGCAAAGCCCCCAGCAACACCUUUCACCCGCAGGACUUUUCAGACCUGAUCAGCUUCAUCCUAUAUGGCAUGGUGCACCGCGCCGGGAAGGAACCCUGGUUGGAGAGGCUCUUCCAUAGCUGCCAGCGGUUGGAGAAGCGUGACAUAGCCGCCGUGCCCCGUGCCCUGCUAAAGACAGAUGCCGUGCUCUGGCAGUGGGCCACAUGGGAGGCGGCCCAGUUCACGGUGCUGUCGAAACUGCGUACACCGCUGGGUCGGGCACAGGACACCUUCCAGACCAUCGAGGGGAUCAUUCGCAGCCUGGCGGCCCACAGCGUGAACCCGGAGCAGGAGCUGAGUCAGUGGGCUGCUGCUGAAAGUGAUGAGGGCCACCACACCAACCAGCUACGCCUUGUCCUGCUGCUCCAGUUCUUGGAGAACCUGGAGAAGCUCAUGUACAACGCCUAUGAGGGCUGCGCAAACGCACUCACUGCACCGCCCAAGGGCAUCAGAACCUUCUUUUUCACCAACCGGCAGACGUGCCAGGACUGGCUGACGCGCAUCCGUAUGGCUCUAAUGAGGGUGGGUCUGCUGUCUGACCAGCCAGCCGUCACUGUACGUCACGGGUUUGACCUGCUCGCUGAAAUGAAGAGCAGCAACACUCCGGUUGCAGACAUGGAGGUUCCCAUCAUGAUGCUGGUGGAGGCGCUGUGUGAGCUGCGUUGCCCCGAGGCUAUCCAGGGAUUGGCUGCCUGGAGCUCUGCACACGCAGGACGGAGCCUCGGCUGGGUGGCCUCUGUAGCUCUACAGGCAGAGGGCCGGUUUGAGAGGGCUGCACUGGAGUACCAGGAGCAGCUGUGUGCUAUCACCGGAAUGGACUGCUCCAUCAAAGGCUUUGACCGGUCCCUACUCAAGGUGGCCAGCACCACGGGCAACAGCACCACCAGCCCUAAGCACACCAGCAACGGGGAUGGUCGGAAGACAGUCCUGCUGAAGCCCAGUGACUGCUCCCCGGAGGUGACCAACUUUCUGGUCAACAAGGUGUGUGAGUGCUAUGUGGCGCUCUGCGACUGGCAGUCAGUGCAGGAUUGGCAGAGCAGCACCAUGGCACUGAAGAAGACAUCCAGUGGCUCUGCUGUCAACCUCAAGACUGACUUCAACUAUAUCAGGGCUCUGAGCAGCUUCGAAGGGGGUGACUUCACAGAGUGCCGAGAGCAGCUGGAGCUUCUUCCCGGGGAGGACUUUGGACUCCUGAACUUGGCAUCCAGGGACAAACCAGACUUGAAACGGCUGCUCCCUGCUGUGCUGAGCCCAGACCCCACAGAGCUGCAGAAGGCUGUAGAGAUCCAGCUGCUCCGCGGUGCCGUGGCAAUCAUCACAGCCACCAACCACGAGCAAGAUCAGAAAACCACACCCACGUCCGAUUUGUCUUUAAGCAGAGUCUGUCACCCCAGGAACCUGUUGAAGUACCUAAAGCAGACAGGCCGCAUCUGCCUGGGUCCCCUGCGCCUGUCUACUGUCACGCUCUCUGACUCCUUGCCCACUCUGAGCAGCCUGCAGCUGCACUGUGCUGCGGCACUGGAAGCAUCAUUGGGCAACCAGCUGGCCCCGGAGGACUGCCUAGUGCCACUGUACAGCCAGGCCCUGGGCACCUGCAAACAACAGGACGUGCGUCCCUGGCUCCAUGCGCUGCGCUAUACCACCUUCCAGCGGCGGCUCUUUUUGCAGGGCAAAGGCUCUUGCGCUCCUGUUGAUUCCCACCUUAUGGAAUUGGGCCUGACAGCAGUCAAAUUUGCUCGUAAGCGAGGUAACAUCGCUCUGGCUGCCCAGCUCCUGGGCAGGUGUGGAGGAGUGCCUGAAGAUAGCAUUGGCUCAGACGGUCAGGACCUGGUGCACCUGUUGAAGCGCCUGUCACUCGAUGGAAGCAUGGGGGAAAAGUGGGGCCCUGAGCUGGAGAUUGAGAAGGCCAAAGUGCUCUUCACUGCAGGCCAGUCUCCAUCAGCGAUGGAGAUGCUGAGCUUGUGCGCACUUUCCUACUGCAAGUCGGGGAAGUGCGAGCAAGCAGCCAGCCGCGCCAUACUCACGCUGUGCAAGUGGCUGCUGAGCGAUUGGAAAGACCUGGCUGCGCAACUUAAGCAGGUGGUGAAAAAGAAUGCAGGCACUGCUGGGUUGCCCAUCCUGGGGCGCAACAUUGCUGCCCUGCUGGAACUGCCAGUGGAGGACCAGGGACUGCCACGCAUCUCGACCGAAACCACAGUGAGCGUUGGUGUUGGGGAGCCUGACUUUGUCCUUGGGCAGCUCUACCAGCUGUCAACCUCACAGGCACCAGAAGUAGCAAAAUCCUGGGCUGCCCUGGCCAGCUGGGCAUACAGAUGGGGUCGAAAGGUCGUGGACAAUGCCAGCCAAGGAGAGGGCAUUCCCCUGCUCCUAGCAGAGAAGCAGGAAAUAGAAAAGCUGCUCCCAGAAUGCACUUCUGAUGACAAGGAAAUGAUAUUUGGUAUUCUUGGUCAGGCAAUGUGUCGGCCGGCAGGAAUUCAGGAUGAGGACAUGGCCUUGCAGAAUGAGGAGGAUGAAGAGGAUGACAUGGUGGAUGUAAUCUGGAGGCAGCUGUUGGCCUCCUGCCCCUGGCUCUCAGAGGUGGACGAUGGUGUGACCGAGGGCCUCACCCAUGUGUGGCGACGCAUCGUGGACCGCAUCUUCAGCUUGUACCGGGUCUCUUGCAGAGCCUACUUUACCUUCCUGAAGCUCAAUGCUGGACAGAUACCCAUUGAUGAAGACAACCCCAAACUCCUGCUGGCCAACCAGAGUGGCAAGCAGAGCAACGAUGAUGUCAUUGUCAUGGCGACACUGCGGCUCCUGCGGCUGCUGGUGAAGCAUGCGGGGGAACUGCGGGAGGGGCUGGAACUUGGUCUGGCCUCUACACCGACAGCACCCUGGAGAGGCAUCAUCCCACAGCUGUUCUCCAGACUGAACCAUCCCGAGGCCUACAUCCGCCAGAGCAUCUGCAGUCUGCUGUGCCGAGUGGCCCAGGACUCCCCUCAUCUGGUUCUCUACCCAGCCAUUGUGGGCUCAAUUUCUCUGGGUGGGGAAGCCCAGGCUGCAGGUAGCAAGCUGCCAUCAGCACUACCCACUUUCCUAGACAACAUCCAGGGAGAAGAACUGUGUGAGGGCGGCAGUGAGACUGGGAGUACGUCUGCCUCCCAGCAAAGUGACAAGGAUGAGGAUCUGGGACCUUGUACCAGUGAAGACCAGGCUAUGAUGCAGGACUGCUACAGCAAGAUUGUGGACAAGCUGUCCUCUGCCAACCCGACCAUGGUUCUGCAGGUCCAACUGCUGGUGGGUGAGCUCCGGCGGAUCACACUGCUGUGGGAUGAGCUGUGGCUGGGCGUCCUGCAGCAACAACACAUGCACGUGCUGCGCAGGAUCCAGCAACUAGAAGAUGAGGUCAAGCGUGUGCAGACCAACAACACUCUUCGCAAGGAGGAGAAGAUGGCCAUCAUGCGCGAAAAGCACUCAGCCCUGAUGCGACCUGUGGUGUUUGCCCUCGACCACGUGCGCAGCAUCACGGCGGCUGCGGCUGAGACACCCCACGAGGCCUGGUUCCAGGAGAGUUACGGCGAGGCCAUUGACAGUGCCCUGGAGAGGCUGAGGAACCCAAUAAACCCCGCUCAUCCUGCCAGCAGCUGGCUUCCCUUCAAACAGAUCAUGCUGAGCCUGCAGCAGCGGGCACAGAAGCGCACAAGCUACCUGCUGCGGUUGGACGAGAUCAGCCCACGCCUUUCCACCAUGUCCAACACAGAGAUGGCGCUGCCGGGUGAGGUGUCUGCCACUGACGCUGUCACCAUCCAGAGUGUGGGUAACACCAUUACCAUCCUGCCCACUAAGACCAAGCCCAAGAAGCUCUACUUCCUGGGUUCUGAUGGGAAGAACUAUCCCUACCUCUUCAAAGGACUGGAGGACCUGCAUCUGGACGAACGGAUCAUGCAGUUCCUAUCCAUCGUCAACACAAUGUUCACCAAGGUGAACCAACAGGAGAGCCCCCGGUUCCAUGCCCGACACUACUCUGUGACUCCUCUGGGGACCCGUUCCGGCCUGAUCCAGUGGGUGGAUGGGGCCACACCCCUGUUUGGACUCUACAAGCGCUGGCAGCAGAGGGAGGCGGUGCUUCAGGCUCAGAAGGCCCAGGACUCCCUGCAGCAGCCUCAGAACCUCCCCAUGGUUCCCAGGCCCAGUGAGCUCUACUACAGCAAAAUUGGGCCAGCACUGAAGGUUGUUGGACUGAGUCUUGAAGUGUCACGGCGGGACUGGCCCCUUAGCGUCAUGAGGGAUGUACUUCGGGAGCUCAUGGAGGCCACGCCCCCUAACCUGUUGGCCAAGGAGCUCUGGUGCUCCUGCACCACCCCCAGUGAGUGGUGGCGGGUCACGCAGUCUUACGCUAGGUCUACGGCUGUCAUGUCGAUGGUGGGCUACAUCAUUGGACUUGGUGACCGACACUUGGACAAUGUCCUCAUUGACAUGACCACGGGCGAGGUAGUGCACAUUGACUACAAUGUCUGCUUUGAGAAAGGUAAAAGCUUAAGGGUGCCUGAAAAAGUACCGUUCCGCAUGACUCACAACAUUGAGACAGCCUUGGGGGUCUCAGGCGUGGAGGGGAUCUUCAGGCUCACCUGCGAGCAGGUGAUCCAAAUCAUGCGCCGUGGCCGGGAGACCCUCCUGACCCUCCUGGAGGCGUUUGUGUAUGACCCCCUGGUGGACUGGACUGCCGGGGGCGAGGUGGGCUUCGCGGGCGCAGUGUACGGAGGAGGAGGUCAGCAGGCAGAGAGCAAGCAGAGCAAAAGAGAGAUGGAACGGGACAUCACACGCAGCCUUUUCUCCUCCCGUGUGGCUGAAAUCAAGGUAAACUGGUUCAAGAACCGCGAGGAGAUGCUUGCUGUGCUGCCGCAGGUAGAGGCGGCCGUGGAGGAAUACCUGAGUCUGCAGGAGCAGCUGGUGCAGGUGGAGAACCAGCAGGGCAAACUACUGCAGGAGAUGGAGUACUUGGAAGGAGCAGAGAGCCCGGAGCACCUGGUCCACACUCUAGAGCACAGGUACUCGGAACACACCCAACUACAAUCGCGUCAGAGGACCGUGCAGGACGCCAUUCGGGGCAAGCUCUCCGACCUGGACCAGUGGAUCUCGCAGUACCAGGCGGCUUUUGGCAGCCUUGAGGCCACCCAGCUGGCUAGCCUGUUGCAGGAGAUCAGCAGUCCCAUUGACUUGGGCCCUCCCAGCUACGUGCCGGCCACGGCCUUCCUUCAGAAUGCAGGACAGGCGCACCUCAUCAGCCAGUGCGAACAGCUGGAGGGCGAGGCGGCUGCCCUGUUCCAACAGCGCCGCUCACUUCUGCGCGGCUGCCUCGAGCACCUGCACAGCUAUGCCACGGUGGCAUUGCUGUACCCACGUACCGUGCUGCGCCAACAUCGCGUCCACGCCUGGAAGCAGUGGAUGGAGGAACUGCUACGCGACAUGACAGCUGAGCACUGCCAGGCUGUGUACCGCAAGUACGAGCUACAGUUUGCCCCCCAGCAAUCGCCUCACUUGCUAUCGGGUUUGGAAGUGGCUCUGCAGCACCACGCGGCGGACACGAAUGCUCGGCUACUACGACAGGCGGAGCGGUUGAAAGCAGAGGGAGCCGGGGUGUCCGUGUGUGAGGAGCAGCUGCAGGAGAUUGAGCGCUGCAUUGGCGGCUUCCUGCGUGAGAACGGAGAGCCGGGAUCCCUCAGUCUAGCUGGGAUUGUCGUGUCGGCCCUUUGCGCCCUCGCCAGACGUAAUCUGGUGAUGGAUGGAGCGGCGGCCAGUGCUGGAGAGCAACUGGUGGAGCUCACUUCCCGUGACGGAGCGUGGUUCCUCGAGGAGCUGUGCAGCAUGAGUGGCAAUGUGGCAGCCCUGGUGCAGCUCCUACAGAAGUGCCAGCUUCUGCCCCACGACCUGGAUAUCCCCAGCCCCACGGAGACUGCCCAGGUGGUGUACCUGGCCAACGGUGUCUAUACUUGCCUGCAGGAACUGAAUGCUAAUUUCCGGCAAAUCAUCUUGCCCGAGGCGCUGCGCUGCAUGCUGAAGGGUGAGAGCACUCUGGAGGUCAUGUUGUCUGAGCUGGAGGCCCUCAUCGAGCAGUGCGCCGACGGCAUCUCCCUGCAAGGCCUGGGCGAGGCACUACAAGCCCACCUCCGCAAUGCCACCAUGGGAUUGGAGGAGGAUGCCGAUGCCCACUACCUUGAUGUGACCAGGGUGCUGAGGGCCCAGUACUCAGAACUCAUACAGCCUCGAAACCUGGAAGGUGGAGUGCAGGAAACGCCUAAGAUGAGUGCUGGCCAGAUGCUGCUGGUGGCCUUUGACGGCAUGUUUGCGCAGUUGGAGACUGCAUUUGGUCUGCUCGUGGAGAAGCUCAACAAAAUGGAGGUGCCAUCUGCGUGGAGGAAAGUGGAUGUGAUCCGCGAGGCCAGGGCUGCACAGGUCCACUUCUUUGACAAUACUCAGCAGCGCCAUGUACUGGAGGAAAUGUUCUUCAUUAAGAGGCUGCAGACCAUCUGUGACUUCUUCCGCCUCUGCGGCUCCUUUGCUCAGACCUUGUCAGGAACCUGCCCACCUGCUUCCGAUGAUCCGGUUCCUUCCAAUGGUCCCGUGUCCAUAGUGAAACCCGUGUUCCGCGGUUCGGCGGUGGUGAGCGAGGACCAGAUGGCCCGGCCUAUUAAGACCUUCACGGCGGACUUUGUGCGUCAGCUACUAAUGGGACUGCCUACUCAAGCGCUGGGCCUGUGCCUGUGCAGCGCUCUCAGCGCUCUGGGCAUGGACCUCAUCGCCCAAGUGGAAGCCAAGGAUUUUGGAGCCGAGGGCAAGGUACCCCUGGAUGACCUGUGCAAGAAAGCAGUGGAGCAGGGGGUGCAGGCCGGUCGGCUACCCCAGCUCACGCUCAACAGGGCCACGGUGCUGGCCAGCUCCUAUGAUACGGCCUGGAAGAAGCUGGACCUGGUGAGACGGUUGGAGGUUAGCAUCGAGGCCUGCAAGGUGAGCCUGCAGAGGGCACAGCUCCACAUCGCUGUAUUCCAGUGGCAGCAUGAGGAUGUACUGGGCACGCGGAACCAACCAAUGACUGUCAGCCCACCGCCGCGCUCAAUCAUUCUCAGCAACAUGAAGAAGAAGUUGUACAAGCUGAGCCAGGAUGAAGCAACUAUUGCUAGUGUGCAGGAGAAGCUGGCAUCGCUCGAGGGCAGUAUCGAGCAGCGUCUGAAGUGGGCCGGAGGCGCCAACCCAGCGCUGGCCCCCGUGCUGCAGGACUUUGAGGCGGCCAUGGCAGAGCGGCGUGCACUCGUGGCCACAGAGAGCCAGCGUGCGAGCCAGGUGACCUUCCUGUGCAGCACGGUCCUCAGCUUUGAGGGGCUGCGCACACGCACACCUGAAGCUCUGAGCAUGGAUGCGGCACUCUUUGACUUGCUGAAGCGCUGCCAGGCCACAUGUUCAUACGCGGCACAGUUCAGCACCUCCGUGUCAUCACUGGAGCUGCAGCUGCUCCACAGGCUGAGCCCUGCCCUGGAUCUGCCCAUUGGCUGUCCUGAGUGGCUGUCCUGUGCUGGAAAGCACCUGGCCCAGGAGAUGGCAGGCCAGCGAGCCCUGCAGGAAGAGCGUGAGCAGCGGCUGGAGGGUGCCACGGAAACUAUGCAGGUGCUCGUAGAUGCCAUCAAAGGCAUCUUGUCCACACACAACCGGCAGCUUGCCGACGUUAAGCACCUGCUUCGCGCCAUGGCCAAGGACGAGGAGAACGCCCUGGCGGACGGCGAGGAUGUGCCAUACGAAGGCAGCGUUCGCCAGUUCCUGUCGGAGUACAAGGUGUGGCAGGACAACGUGCAGACGGUACUCUUCACAGUGGUCCAGGCCACGGGGCAACCGCGCAGCCAGGAGCAGGUGGAGCUGCUGCAGGAGAUCCCCAGUACGCUGAAGGAACUGCAGACACAGAGCCAGAGUAUCUAUAAUGGCCUGGUGAGUUUUGCUUCCCCAUUGGUGACUGAGAGAGCAAGUGACUGCGCAAGCCCUACAUCCACGACACAGACGAGUUUCGCGGCAGCGGUACGCUGCAGUGGCCCCAAGACGCAGCCAGACAGCAUGUCCCAGAACACCCGCAAGGGAACCCUACUCCCCCGCAACCUGGGCACUCCCACAGACACCCCCCCCAGCGCCCUGUUGCUCACCAGCAAGGGUGUGGCUCCCAGCCCCAAAAGGGCCGUGCGGGACCCCAAAACAGGGCGAGCUGUCCAAGAGAGGAACUCGUACGCUGUGAGUGUGUGGAAGCGAGUGAAGGCCAAGCUGGAGGGGCGGGAUGUGGACCCCAACAGGAGGAUGAGUGUCACGGAACAGGUGGACUACGUGAUCAAGGAGGCUACAAAUCUGGACAAUCUGGCACAGCUGUAUGAGGGCUGGACAGCCUGGGUGUGAAGUCAGGACCACUAGAUCUCUUUGGUCCAGCGAGGCUAGACAUCCACCAGGACCCAGUGGGUCUGGGGCGGGGAAGCCGCAGAGCCCCGUUGGGGAGGGGGGGAGAGCGGGGGUCUGAGGACCGGACCCCCUGUGGCACGGCUGCACCCGGUGGACCCCCGCCAGCACCUCGAAAAAGGUCCACGUCUCCUCGGGGUGCGUGGGGGCCGACGGAGGUGGUGAAGGGGAGGGGAGCGAGGCACCUCCACCCUUGUAACAAAAUAAACAGUGAACAAACGGAUGCGGACAGGGCUUCUCCACAGGGACUUUGCCGGCACAUGGGACUACUGUAACACGCCCAGCCGACCCCCCUCCCUCCCUCCCUCCGUCCGUCCCAGCGGAGCAGAGUGGAGAGCGGGCCGGCCCGCACGCUUCUCAACCGCAUUUUACCGCAGCGUAGGGGGAGUUGAAGGUGCACUGCAACGCGGAGCCCAUUCUUGAAGGAGCAGCGAAUUUUGAGGUAUGGGAGGUGACGCCGGCGUACAGGUGAGCAGCGUCAGGGGGGCCCAGUGGGGGCCGCGUGCGGUCUGUUCUGGGGAAGACCAGUCACUCUUACAUAAACGAAUGAACUGCACUUUUCCUUUUUGCUCAGACAUUUAUCGAAAUGAAAGAAACGCUUCUUUUAAGCACCACUAAAAGUGGCUUGUGGAAAUUUCGCCGUGAAAAAUGACACGUGGAGAUUUUUUUCCCCCCCCGAACGGUUCCGCAACAUGUUGGAAUUUGUGGGUCGAGUUGGAGGGAUGGCGCAGCGGAAGAUGAGUGAAAGACUGAAAAUUUUGAGCAAGUUAAUCAAUUGUCAUUUUUUUUUUUCUUUAUGCAUCUAAUGGGUUAUGUAUUGAUAGUGAAUUUUCUUUCUUUUUCUUUCCCCCACCCUCUCCCCACUGCUUUAGGAAGACUGGAUGUUACCCGUUUGACUUUGGUGACAAUGUACUAUUCCCUGUGUGUGUGGCCUAUAGCUUGGGUUUUACCAACUGAGCUUCUAGUUUUACAUUUUUAGUGGGAGGAAUGCAUAGUGGAUGGUUAGUGACGUUCUCAGUGAUGGUGCAACUUGUUGUUUAUUGAAUAUUUUAUUAAGUUUCGUUUGCCAAAUAAAUUGGGAUCUAAAGCGG